AUGGCCGCCGCGACCCUACCGACUCCUGUCGUCACCGAAAAGCCUCAGACGGCCAUUGUCGUUCCGCCAUCAGAUCUCCCGUUGCCCGCCGUCCGAUCGACUGGCGGCAUCCUCGAUCCCAUCCUCGACGUCUACCGCUCCGUGCAGGCCCGAAGGGAUGCGCUCGGUCUGAGCAAUCCCGGCACCGUCGACCAGAUCUCCAGGGAGGUCUCCCGAGAUGUCCUCCUCACCAACCAGACCUUCUCGGGACUGCGCGCCGAGUUGAACAAGAGCUUCUCCAUCUUCCCUCUCUUCCAGAUCAGCCAUGCCUUCUCGACCGGCUCGCAACAGUUAUCGCCAUACACCUUCCUGGCCCUCUACGGCACAAACAAUAUCCUCUGCCAGGCGCAGCUGGACUCCGAUGCCUCAUUCAGCGCCCGAUUCAAUGCCCGCCUCACCGACCGCCUCGUCUUCAAAAACUCCGCCCAGAUCCAACCCGCCUCCGCGGCCGGUCCCGGCGGUGCGCAGUUCUCCCCCGAGAUCGAUUAUCAUGGUGACGACUUCAUGGCCUCGAUCAAGAGCAUGAACCCGAGCUUGCUGGAGGGCGGUCUGACCGGAAUGUUCAUCGGAUCAUACAUGCAGAGCAUCACGAAACGGUUAGCGCUGGGCAUGGAGGCGGUCUGGCAGAAACCAGCAGGCGCCCCGGCCGCCGAGGCGGCUGUCAGCUACGCCGGAAGAUACAAGGGCGACGACUGGAUCGCGAGCGCCCAGCUCCUGACCCAAGGUGGUCUCCAGGCCAGCUACUGGCGGAGAUUGACCGAAAGGGUCGAGACCGGUGUGGAUGUGAGCCUCCAAAUCGCCGGUUUCGACCCGAGGACGGGCGGAGUACAAAAAGAAGGCGCGGCGACCUUUGGCGCCAAGUACGAAUUCUCACGCUCCGUCUUCCGCGCCCAGGUCGACAGCGCAGGCAAAGUUGGCUGUCUGCUGGACAAGAUUGUCGCUCCUGCCGUCCGAGUCACCUUUGCUGGCGAGAUUGAUCACGCCAAGAGCAACGCUAAACUCGGCCUUGCUGUCUCAAUCGAGGCCAGCGGCGAAGACCUGAUGGAGCAGCAAGAAACCGUCAAGGCGCCCGUGCCUCCGUUCUAG